CCCGUCUCUCCCUCUCCCCUGCUGUGCUCUUAAUUGGGUGUUCGUUGUCUUCUUCUGGUCUCUCUCCCAUUUUGAAGCCACUGUGAUUGAUUUUUUUUUUUAUCACUUCAUCUAAUCUGUUGGGUUUAGAUUAGAUUAAUGGUGUUAGGAAAGGAUACCUUACUUUCAACUGGGCAAUCAAGAAUUUACCUCUUCCCCCUCUCCCUCCCUCCCUCCCUCCCUCUCUCUCUCUCUCUCCCCCCCCCCAUUUUCAUCUCAAGCUCUCCCUCUUUCCCACUGUUCACUGUCUCCUCCCAACAGAGGCUUUAGAUUCAUGAAUUUCCCAUCUUGUGGUAGAAAACAGAGUCCAACCAGAAGGGAAGUGCUGUCUCUGUUCUGGUCUGGGCUAUGUUUCUUUAUCUCCUUCUCACGUUGCUUUAGUUGAACCAGUGGACCUUAUCAGCUCCUCUUUGGCUGCUGGAAAAAAAGAAGAAAAAAAGAAAUGUAGGGCCAAUCAUUCAGCUGCAAAGAUCCAUUUUUUGGCACUUACUCAGCUGCCACUUCUCUCUGUAAAAGUCCUAAAGUUGAAAUCUUUCCAUCUGUGGGAAUGUGUAAUUGAAGCUUUGGGAGUUGGAGUGCUGCAGAGGAAGGAAUGCAGAUAAUUUGUUUUGUAGUAUUCUCAUUGCUGGUAGUGAAGGACUCAUUGGGGCAACAAGCAGAGUUCGAAGCACUCCUAGAUCUCAAGAAAGGGUUCCGAGUCGACCCAUCAGGGCAAAUCCUCAGUUCAUGGAGCUCCAACUCCGUAUCCUCGGACCGGUGCCCUGAGAAUUGGCUUGGAAUCAUGUGUUCCGAUGGACACGUGAUCUCGAUUGUUCUGGACAAUGUAGGACUAACCGGAGAAUUCAGCUUCUCUGCAGUAUCUUCGUUCGCAAUGCUCCAGAAUCUCUCGCUCUCCAACAACCAGUUGACUGGGAACAUCUCCGAAUCGGCGCCGGGAUUUGUCCACCUGAAGUACUUGGAUUUGCAUAGUAACGGGUUCGUUGGGGAUGCAAUGGGGUUAAUUUCCCAACUGGGUCGCAUUGAAUAUGCCGACCUCAGCAGCAACAAGUUCUCUGGCUCUAUGGACAUAGAUGUGGGGGACACGAAAUUUGUGUCCAUGAUUCGGUACUUGAACCUCAGCAACAACUUGUUGGCGGGAGAGCUCUUUGCUCACGAUGGGAUGCCGUUUUUCGACAGUUUGGAGGUGUUCGAUGCUAGUAAUAACCAGUUGACUGGGAAGCUACCUUCCUUCGAGUUUGUCGUGUCCCUCAAGAUUCUCCGGCUCGGUAAUAAUCGGCUGUCCGGGCCUUCGCCUCAGGCACUCUUGCAAGAGAGCUCCAUGAUAUUGACUGAGCUCGAUCUCAGUAGGAAUCAGCUAGAAGGUCCAGUAGGAAGGAUAACUUCUUCAACUCUCAAGACUCUGAACCUAUCUUCAAACAGACUAUCGGGCUCGUUACCUCUCACUAUAGGUCAUUGCUCCAUGAUAGAUCUGAGCAACAACACUAUCUCGGGUAACUUGUCUCGGAUUCAGGGUUGGGGAAAUUAUGUGGAAGCCAUCGAUUUGAGCUUGAACUCAUUAACAGGGACAUUCCCGACCCAAACCUCUGAGUUUCUUAGGCUGACUUUGUUGAAGAUUACCCGAAACUAUCUAGAGGGUGGUCUUCCUGAUAUCUUAGGAACAUAUCCGGAGCUGAAACUCAUUGAUCUGAGGCUCAACCAGCUAAAUGGGCCUCUUCUCCCUAGCCUUUUCAACUCCACGAAACUGACCGAACUUAAUCUAUCGGGUAACAACUUCUCGGGUCCAGUCCCGAUCGAGGACAACUACAGUUCUUCUUCCCAGGAGUUGAGCCUCUCAUCUCUUGACCUCUCAAAUAACUCCUUAAGUGGGUCCCUACCUCAGGGAUUAGGAAGAUUUCAAGACUUGGAACAUCUCGAUUUGUCUAUCAAUAAUUUUGAUGGAAGCAUUCCGAGUGAUCUUCCAGGUGCACUGAAGAGAUUUAACGUGUCCUUCAACAAUCUAUCAGGUGUUGUUCCUGAGAAUUUACAGAGAUUUCCCGAUUCCGCAUUCCACCCCGGAAAUUUAUUGCUGAGUUUUCCUACUUCACCUUCAUCCCCUAUAGAAGGCCCGGACCUGAGGUUGAGGGGUCAUGGAUCCCGCCUAAACCCAGCAACUAAGAUAGGUCUCAUUGCUGGUCUUAUUGGAGGUUUCAGCAUUUUGGCCCUUCUUUGCUUCAUUAUUUACUACCGCAAACAUAGGUGGGAGAGUAAAACGGAGACCUCCGAAGGAAAUAUUGGAAAACUAGAACAUCCUCCGAUCAAGGACCUUUCUACUCCUAGUACGUUAGUUCCGAACAAAAUCUCGGAGCUUCCUGAUCAAUCAGCAUCUUGCCAGCCAGAACCUGCUUCUUCUGCGGUGAAGAGUCCUAGUGAUCUUGGUCCUGAAAGAAGAGAUGAAGCGCUAUCUUCGCCAAUUUUCCUACCGUCCUCUUUGAACCCAUCACCUUCCAGAAGCCAAUAUUUCUCGGAAACACCAACGCCUCCCAGUGUUUGUUCUCCAGACAAAUUGGAUGGGGACUUGCACCUGUUCGAUGUCUCUCCCCCCUUCACGGCAGGAGAGCUCUCACGGGCACCUGCAGAAGUCACAGGGAGGAGUUGCCACGGGACUCUGUACAAGGCGAGGCUCGACUCUGGUCAGGUUUUAGCUGUGAAGUGGUUGAGGGAGGGAAUUGCUAAGGGGAGGAAGGACUUCGCCAGGGAAGUCAGGAAGCUAGGGAGCAUCAAGCACCCGAACCUAGUCUCUCUGCAGGGGUACUACUGGGGCCCUCGAGAGCAUGAGAAGCUCAUCAUAUCGAGUUACAUUGACGGAAUUAGUCUCGACCUCUAUCUUCAUGAGACGGAGCCAAAGAAGCUACCGCCCUUAUCUCUCGAGGCACGGCUCAGAAUCUCCAUUGACGUUGCUCGUUGCUUGAACUUCCUCCACAAUGAGAUGGCCAUACCCCACGGGAACCUCAAAUCCACCAACGUCUUGUUGGAGAUCAAUCCCGACCUCAAUGCCCUCCUCACCGACUACAGCCUCCACCGGAUAAUGACAUCAGCUGGCACCACCGAGCAGGUCCUCAACUCGGGCGCCCUAGGCUACCGCCCGCCCGAGUUUGCCAGCUCCACCAGGCCCUGCCCAUCCCUGAAGAGUGAUGUGUACGCAUUCGGGAUUAUAUUACUGGAGCUCCUAACGGGCAGGAGCUCUGGGGAGAUAGUGUGUGGGGACCCGGGAGUGGUCGACCUGACUGACUGGGUGAGGCUGCUGGUUGCAAAGGGCCGAUCAUUCGAGUGCUACGACCCGAACAUGGUUCUGUCAGGGAUGAGCGGUUCAGAGAACCUGCAUAGGAUUCUUGACAGUAUGCUUCCCGUAGCCCUCCGCUGCAUCCUUCCUGCAUCGGAGAGGCCCGAUAUAAGGACAGUUUUCGAGGAUCUUUCGUCCAUAGCCAUGUGAAAAUAGUUUCUCUAGCUUAAUUAGUCCAGUGGCAAAAAAAGAAGCUAACCGCCAUUCCUUAGUUCCUUUAUUAUGCAUUACUAUUGUUUCAAGUAAAUGAUGUUGGGUUUAAGAUUUUGGGCUGUAAGUCAAUUGAGUCGGGGUCAUUGUGUUCAUUGUAGGAGAGGAAGGAAUAAGCUUUUCACAAUGUAAAUGGUUUGGGAACCGGGGAAUAGUCUAUUCAUCUCAAAAUAAACUUCGAUUUUCUGAUCACGA